UCCUCUCCCGCCGCCGCCGCCGCCAUCGCCAUGAACGUCUUCCGCCUCACCGGGGACCUCUCCCACUUGGCGGCCAUCAUCAUCCUGCUGCUGAAGAUCUGGAAGACCCGCUCGUGCGCCGGUAUAUCUGGGAAAAGUCAGCUUCUGUUUGCACUGGUCUUCACUACUCGAUACCUGGACCUCUUCACUUCGUUCAUUUCACUUUAUAACACUUCUAUGAAGCUGAUCUACGUUGCUUGCGCAUACGCUACUGUCUACCUGAUCUACAUGAAAUUCAAGGCCACCUACGACGGGAAUCACGAUACCUUCAGAGUCGAGUUUCUUGUGGUCCCUGUCGGCGGGCUGUCUUUCCUGGUCAAUCAUGAUUUCUCUUCUCUGGAGAUCUUGUGGACUUUCUCCAUCUAUUUGGAGUCCGUGGCGAUUCUUCCCCAGCUUUUUAUGAUCAGUAAAACCGGAGAAGCGGAGACCAUCACUACUCACUAUCUCUUCUUCCUGGGCCUCUACCGUGCCUUGUACCUGAUCAACUGGAUUUGGCGUUACUAUUUUGAGGGGUUCUUUGACCUCAUAGCCGUGGUGGCUGGAGUGGUCCAGACCAUUCUGUACUGCGACUUCUUCUAUUUGUAUGUUACAAAAGUGCUCAAAGGGAAGAAGCUGAGUUUGCCAGCCUAAAGUGCCAAGGGUGAGUCCAUCCUGGAUGCAUAGAGAGAACAAUCCCGACCAUCAAGAGGCUGAAGAUGCUUGAACAGAUGGCCUCCCGCCCUCUUUUUGCAGAGAGACCCCUCCCGCGGGGGCGGGGGGGGGCCUCUGUAGGUCCAGAGAACCAAAUGACUUCUGUUGGAUGCAUCUUGCCUUUUUUUCUCCCCCCCUCUCUUUUUUUAUUACUAUGUAUAAAGAUUUUUUACACGAGAGAAACUUAAUACCGUGUGGAUUUAAUUCAGCGUGUAGUUUCAAAGUGGAGUAGUUCCAAAAAACAAACAAAACCACAGUGAUAUU